AUGAACCAACCUAGGUAUCAUUCAAACCCCCAAAAAUUAUGGAAAGAUCUUAAAGCAGAGGGGUAUCAGUUUCCAUAUAAAAAAGUAUGUGAGUGGCUUACAAAACAGAACGAAUGGCAAAAACACGCGCCACCACUAAAAGAUACUCCACAAGUUACAAAAAUACUAUAUAAAGUCCAAUAUGCUGUUGAAAGUAUAACUUCAAAUUCUAAACUAAUAAGAGCAUGGGUUAAGCAUUUGCCAAAAGUUAUCGAUUACCUAAACAAUUAUCCAACACGUCUUAUCCGAGCUCCAGGUUCUUCAAAGUGGGAUGAUCUAGAAUCGCAGAGGAAACGUGAUCAAAAAAAGCAGGAAAUAUGCAAAGAGCAAGAUAUAGAUCUUAUUGAAAUACUGUAUGGUGCUAAUUUAUUCCCAUACAUAAAACACAAAUUGCAAGAGAAAGGUUAUCUACAAAAUAUAGAUAUAAAUAGCAUAUCAAAAUCAGAUUAUUCGUCAGAAUAA